UUUUGGUCGAAGGACCAAGUUGUAAGUCUUCUAAUAAGGAAGAUGAUAAGAAGUUUCCCAUAAAAGACUAUGAAUUGUGAAAAAUGUUAAAGUCUUGCUCUUUAUUAUGUGUGUUUCUUGUUGUUUUAGUUUUUAGCAAUAUUUUUCGACAAUGUCUCAUGCUUCUUCUUCAAAAGUUUGCAAAUAUAGUGUUUUUUUGAGUUUUAGAGGUAUAGAUACACGUAAAACCUUUGUGAGUCAUCUCUAUAAUGCUUUAGAACAAAGAGGAAUUGAUGUUUUUAAAGACGAUGAGCGGUUGGAAACGGGAAAAUCAAUUCCUAAUGAACUAAUGAAAGCCAUAGAAGAGUCUAGAUUUGCCAUUGUAAUAUUUUCCGAAAGCUAUGCAUCAUCAAGAUGGUGCUUGGAGGAGCUUGCACAUAUUAUAAAGUGUCGAAAUGAAUUAGAUCAGAUAGUGAUUCCAAUUUUUUAUGAUGUAAGUCCAUCUGAUGUAAGCCAUCAAAACUCACCAUUCGCUGACUCGUUUUCAAAAUACAAAGAUGAUGAGUUGGAGAAGGUUCAAAGAUGGAGAGAAGCUUGUAAGGAAGCUGGGAAAAUAUCAGGAUACCAUUUACAAGAAUGCAAGGAUGAGGCAAAUUGCAUCAAGAAGGUUGUUGAUCACAUAUUACCAAACAUUAUUUCAACAGUUUCGGAAAGCUUAGUGGGUACUCAAAUUGAAAAAGUAAUCUCAUUAUUACAUAUGAAAUCUGAUGAUGUUUACUUCGUUGGAUUAUGGGGAAUGAGUGGUAUUGGUAAGACAGAAAUCGCGAGUGUUAUAUAUGAGAGAUACCGUCAUCAAUUUGAAGCUUAUUGUUUUCUUGGUGAUGUUGGAGAAAUGUACCGGAAAAAGGGACUUAGAUGGCUACAGAAAACUCUUAUCUGCAAACUAUUUGGAAAAAAGAUGAUUGUAACUAGUGAACAUGAUGGAACCAUAAUUAUAAAGAAUGGGCUUCGGUGGAAGAAAGUUUUACUCGUUCUUGACAACGUAGACCAUCUAAGUCAACUAGAGCUUAUAGUUGGAGGGACAGAGUGGUUUGGCAGGGGUAGUAGAAUUUUGAUUACUACGAGAGACAAACACCUGAUAGUCAGUCAUGUGAAGGAGGAUAAAGUAUACGAAGUCUUACUAUUAUCUGAGAACGAAGCUCUUGAACUGUUUUGCAUGCAUGCUUUCAAAAGAAAAUCUCCGGAGAGAGAUUUUAAGGUACUUUCAAAUGAAGUAGUGAAGUAUGCUGAUGGACUCCCUUUAGCUCUUAAAGUUUUGGGUUCUUCUCUUUAUGGACGAAACAAAGAGCAAUGUAGAGAUAUAAUUGAUAGAUUGAAAAAAAUCCCUAAUGAUGACAUUCUAGGAAAACUUAAGAUUGGUCUUGAUGAGUUGAAUAACGAUGAGAUGAGAACAUUCCUUGAUAUAGCAUGCUUGUACAAUCAUGAAUAUAGCUAUUACGUUGAACGAAUACUUAAGAGUUGUGGUAUUCACUUGAUAGGAAUAAGCUACCUCAUCGAAAAAUCUCUCUUAUGCAUCAGAUAUCACUCGUUUGAGAUGCAUAGCUUAAUAAGUCAAAUGGGUCAAAAUGUGUCAAGGGAAGAAUAUGCAAACAGCAGAGUAUGGCUUAUUGAGGAAGUUCAUGACCUUUUUGCUGGAAAGUUGAAAACAAAAAAGGUUGAAAGCCUACGGAUCCCAAAUGGUUACCGGUUUGAUGAUGAUCAUAUCAAUUAUAACAAGGUAUUCAAGAGAAUGCAAUGCUUACAGGUGUUGAUACUUCAUCGUAGAACUAUUUGCUCGGAAAACACUGUCACUUGUUUGCCUUCUAACCUGCGGUGGAUUGAAUGGCCGAACUAUCCUUCAAGUUCAUUGCCAGAGGAGUUUGAACCAUCACAACUCGUUGGGCUUUGUUUACGUGGAAGUUGUCUUGUUGAACUUUGGCCAAUACCAAAGAAACUGUGCAACUUGAAGUAUUUGAAUCUAAGCGAGAGCCUUGGGUUAACGAAGACCCCUAAUUUUGGUGAUAUGCCAAACUUGGAGACACUAAGUUUACGGAGGUGUGAGAAUUUGGAAGUGGUUCAUCCCUCUCUUGGACAUUGCAAAAUGCUUACUUAUUUGAGUUUGACGGGUUGUGUCAAACUUAAGAAGCUUCCAAAAUUUGUCUGUAUGGAAUCUCUCGAGAUUCUUCUCCUUGAUGAAUGCACGCGCUUAAAAAGAUUUCCAAAAAUCUGUGGAGAUAUGCUGCGCUUAUCAAUACUGUAUGUAGAAUCCCCCUGGAUAAGAAGCUUACCCCCGUCUCUCAGCGGCCUUAGUCGUUUGAAACUGAAAGGUUGUGAAGUUCUUGAAAGUAUUCCAGACUCUAUUCUAAAUCUUGAAAGACUUCACAUUUCAGGUUGCAAUAAACUUACAACUUUGCCAAACAGCCUCUUUGAAUCACAACAAUGGAUAUUUCUUUAUAUAUACCGAUGUUCUGGAUUGGUAGAGCUCCCCGUAUCUCUUGGAGUUCAAAAGAAGCUUGGUUUUUUAUCCGUAGAAGAAUGUGAGAACUUAACGAAGCUUCCAAGCUCUAUUCAGAUGGAAUCCCUUACAGAGCUCAAGAUAUCUAAUUGCCCAAAAUUAACUACAUUUCCAGAAAUAAUCGGAGAUAUGCAUUGCUUGAAAAGUUUGACUCUGGAGUCUACUGGGAUUAGAGAACUGCCUUUGUCCAUUGGGAAUCUGAGCGGCCUCGAAUAUCUCAAUCUGAAAAGUUGUGAAGAUCUUGUAAGUCUACCAAACAGUCUCUGUAAGUUGAAGAAUCUUCAACGGCUUAUUCUUCGUGGCUGCAAAAAGCUUCCAGGAAACGUUGGUGAUCUGCAAGAGUUUGAGACACUUGAUGCGAGUAUCAACAUUCCUCAUGUUUCGUCUUGCAUCAAGUAUCAUGUUUAACCUCCUCGGAGAUAUGUUGAUCUUUGCAGACUAUCAUUUAGCCUUGAAGAGCCUCGGAGAUCUAUUAAAUAAGUGUUUUAAGCUGCGUAUGCUGUCAAUAUCAUGGCGUGGUCAUGAGAAAUCCGAAUGCCAAACUGUCUCAAGUGAACAAGUUAAUGCGUUGAAGUUGCUACGACAUUUUCUCCAGACAUGCAUCCAGUGUGACUUCUGCCAAAGGAUUUCUUUUCUCAUUUGUUUUCCUGAAGUCAGAAUUCCAAAGUUGUUCGAUUAUCAGUUCAUAAAUCAAAAAGUGAUCUCAAUUGAUCUGAAACCAUCUUGGUAUAACGAUAAGUUCAUGGGGUUUUCACUGUGUUAUUGUCCUGUACUUGAAGCAAAUGUGAGUUUAAUAGCU